ACAUGUAAGUUUUUUUAAAAAAAAAUAAAUUAAACUAAUAUGGAAAAUAAUGUCAAUCAGUGGAACAUGAGUAUUAUGAAGCAAUGAUAACGAGGUAUAAGAAAGGAUGCAUCAACAACAGGAUAGAUGUCCCGUUAAGGUUCUCGAAAUUGAAGACUGCAAGAAGCAAGAGAAAACUUUUGAAACUUGGAAGGAUAAUUAGGAUUAAAAGAUCGAAGGUUGUCAGUGCAUAAAAAAGAAAAAAAAAUUAUCUAUUGUGUUUCACUUUCUGAACUGGAAAGACCUGAAAGAAUCUCAAUAACUGUCUUCAUUCCAGUUCAUCAGCUUAUUUCUUCUAGGACUAGAACCUCUUCCAUUGGUUAUCUAGAUUUAAAGUUACUGAAAAGAUUUUUCUUUUAUGCACUCUGCUUAGCGAUCAGAUUUUCAAAUAUAAAAGUCCUCAUUCCAAUCACAAAGGAUAAAUAAAGUAUCAGAUAUGAAAUCACUUCAGACACUAAGCAUUUUAAGUCACUAUGAGUAAAGAACAGGAUCCCUUUAAGCUGCCAUGCUCCUUGACAAAAACAUAGGCAUGCUAAUCAAAGGCCUACGACCUAGGAUAAGGGCCCCAAGGGUGGUCAUGCCUGUGAUUAAAUUGUAUAAAUGAUAGCCUUAUUGAUGUGUAAAGGUUGUCAAGUAAUUAUUCUUUACAAGAGAGACUCCUACAUGAAGCUCCAACUCACUCAAGGAGUUAUUACCUUUGUAGGUGAGCAAAGACAGAAGAGAGCAGAAGCUCUGAGAAAUACAACAACCUCAAAGCUAGUCUAAACUAGUGGGAGGUUGUCUGCUUGAAUAGAACAAAGCAAAUAUAUCUAUCUAUAUAUAGAUAGAUAGAUAUCAAGAAAUGCCACGAGGGAAGGUGCAAUUAAGGCGUAUUCAGAAUCCUGUUCAUCGACAGGUUACCUUUUGUAAGCGCAGAGCUGGAUUACUCAAGAAGGCUAAGGAAUUGUCAGUAUUGUGUGACGCGGACAUUGGAAUUAUUAUUUACUCUGCUCAAGGCAAGCUUUUUGAGCUAGCCACAAACGGUGCCAUGCAAGAUUUGAUCCAGAGAUACACGGGCACACGUGGAGAAUUUCAAGUUGAAGGUGGUGAAGCUAGUCAACCUCAGGAAAUGCAACACGAGAUAUCAAUGUUGAAAGAUGAAAUAGAUUUUCUGCAGAAGGGCCUGAGGUACAUGUUUGGACAGGGAACAGUAGGACAUAUGACACUGGAUGAAUUGCAAACCCUUGAAAGGCAUCUUGAAAUAUGGAUGUAUCACAUUCGCUCAACAAAGCAGAUGCACAUCAUGUUCCAAGAGAUCCAAUCGCUGAAAAACAAGGAGGGCAUAUUGAAGACUGCCAAUGAAAUUCUUCAAGAAAAGAUUAUAAAACAAAAUGGGUUCUUUGAUGAAGGCUCGACUACAGGAGACAUAGGAUAUGGAUAUCCACUAACCAUACAGAAUGGUAUAUUCAACUUCUAGAAGCUGCAGUGUAGGUUGCUACUGGUACAGAUAAUAAAGUAUUCCAGAAACUUGUAUUUCACUCUUAUUUGUCUGGUUGGGUGUGCACUCUUUAGCAACUAAUAUUCUAUACAGUUGUUGCUUUGUCCUAGUAGUACUGUCAUUACCUGGAUCCUGGAAUAGUGGUGACUCAAUCUGACUCCUUUGUUCUGUGAUAGUUCUCCUCUGUCCUUUUGUAAUAUUUUGUCACGCAAAUGUUAGUUUUCCUUGAGGUGAGACAAGAACCAUGAUUGUGACUUGUGAGGUCUUGAAGAUACUCAAUUACAAACAAAUUACUGAAAUAUUGUAAUUAUCUGAUCCAAGAUUUAUCCUAAGUAUUUAUUGUCCAUGAAUGAUAACUGCUGAAAGUAACAAGAAAUGAACACAGGUGUAGUGAAUAAGUAAUUUACUGAAGCAAGUUCAGACCCAUAAACAGCACAAAAAAGAAUGAUAUUGAAAGGAAAAAAGGA